AUGACCAACCACGAGUACAGUAUUAUCCCCAUCCAGGGCGUCUCAAUGGGAGAUCUGGAUAUGCCCGAUGUUGCUACAUCUCCAUCUGUUCCGUCUCCAGACAUUUCUCCAGAUGCUGCACUGCCGACCCCGCCGUAUGCCCCCAUCUCCCAAUUGGUGGACCUCCCGGACAAGGCACCACCCAAAAUCCUUAUCUCUGACCAGGAUCUUGCCACAUCGGUGUUCAAAACAUCCGACCGCAUCGUCAGCGAUAUUCUCUACGACAUCCCACACAUCCUCUCGCACGAAGCGGGUUUGCUCGGACAACGUCCAAUCGCCUACUCCCAUUUUCUCUCGUCUAUCGCGGGAAUGCACUACGAGAUGAACGUGUUGAACAACGCGUUGCCGGAGGCGCCCAAGUCCGAGGAUCUCGCCUCGGUAAAGAUCCUCAGGGGGGUGCUCGCCAGCAAAACCCCAGGAUCGAGCAUCUACCACGUGAAAAUUCUCUACCAAGUCCAUGACCGGUUAAAGAUCUGUCCUAAACACACCUUCUACACCGUUUCAGACGAGCGGCUCUCGCUAUUGCGCCCUAGCUUUUGCUGGGAGAUCGACCAGGGUGCCACCACCGCACAGCUUACGGUUUUGACAAAAGCAAUGCCAAAAAUCCUCGACUCUGCCACGUUCUGCUGCUCCAACUGCUCUACUGUCUUUCGAGCCGAGAUCUCGGCCCCUGAGUUCGGCAAAGACCUCGCCGACUUUACCCCCGAGGCAAUUGCCGCACGGUACGAGUCCUUGGGAGAAGAUUCUCCCGUCCCGACCCCCGACAAGUGUCUCUACACAUUAUACAAGGUGCUCAAGGGUCCGCUCCUUCAAGCGCCAACGGACGAGGUCAAGAGUAUCCAUGCGGACAACCUCCUGUUGCGCAGUCAUCUAGAUCUCCGCUUGUUAUUCGACAAGCUCUUCUUCACCCAGCACGACGGCGAGUUGUAUCCCCCAAACCUCCACGAGUAUCUGGAAGACAACCUCCGCGUCCUCCGCGAGUCGUACCUCCGCAAGAUGAACGAAACACUCUACUUAGGGCGCCAGACGGGCAGCACGGUUCCACUCUUCCAGUCCCUCACGUAUAACACGAACAACGCGUUGCUCUUUGCGCUUUUUAACGAGCGCGACUUUUCAAAGUCUGUCCUGAUGCUCCACGAGCCGGCCAAUCUCACCGAGAACUACCUCAAUCUCUCGGUGUCAUCCCAUUACGACGACCGCAUGGUCAUGGAGUGCCACCAGCGCACGGCUCUCUCUGACGACCCACUCGUCUAUUUUGACAACGUGUAUGAGAUCGCGGAGUCCAAGUUCUACCAUUCCACGGUGUUGCGCCGGUACAUUACCGAGUUGAACGCAGCAGGUGCCAUGGGCAUGAAGGCGUACCAGAAGGCGGCGCGCGAUCUCGGGGUUGACGCGCCGCAACUCACUGCACUCCCUGACGACCUUUUACUCGCAAUGUACCGCACUGAAGUGGGUCUGGACCCUGUCGCGUAUUACCGCUUGCGUGCGAGUCUUGAAGUGAUCAACAAGGUCCGCAAGAGCCGGACCAUCUCCGAGUUCUGCAAGACCGAGAUCAUUCCGUACGAAGUUGCGUUGACGAACCUUGGCUACGAGGCCAGCACCGACGACGAGUUCGUUCUCAACACGUGUUUGAUGCAGGCCGAAGCCGGCGUUCCGGAUGCCGAGCGGUCGGUGCUCUCAGUGGUGUUGCACCGCCGAAACCCCAGGUUGCUUAGUUUCCUUGAGAACAACUACAGCGAGCUUAUGCGCCGUCUCCCUGGCUUGACCCUGGGAGAGGCCGCGCGCAUGCUCGAUCUCCCUGAUGUAAAUGUGAGCGACUCCGAGGUCAUUACGGCGUUCGAGCGGUGUGUGCUAGGAAAAGAGGAGACAUUCCAGUGCUUGGUCUUGAGACGGGCGUUGUACGUGCUUCAGAACGUGUCGGGGUCCAAGUUUCUCAUGAAUUACUUGCAAACUGGUCAGAUCGAGAAGUCGUUGUUGCCUCCGUCUGAGACGUGGCCCCGUGGGUUGGACAACAUCGGCAACACGUGUUACCUCAACUCGUUGCUCCAGUACUUUUUUGCAUUGAAGCCGCUCCGAGACGCGGUAUUGACGUUCCAUGCGUUUGAUCCUGCCGAACCAGCGCUCCAAAAAGUGUUGGCAGAGCGGAAGGUUGGUAACCGCAACAUUACCGCCGCCGAAACCCGCCGCGCCUUUGAGUUCUUGCACCACUUCAGGGUGCUUUAUUUGCAGAUGAUCGAGAGUCAAGAAAAGUCGAUCACGCUUAACAAGUCGUUUGCGUGUCUCGCGUUGGCGUCGAGUUUCGAGGAGAUUCGCUUCGCCGAUGAAGCCCCUGGCGAGGCGAUGGAAAUAGAGCUGGAAGAUCUCGACCGAUCUGAUAGUACAGACAUAGCCAGACCCGAGGUUAAAAAAGUUAAGCAGAGUCCUUUUAAUCCGUUUAGAAACUCCCCAGUACCGCUGAUGGUAGCUGAAUCCGGUGCAUCCCAUGAAGAUCUUGCUACUAAAAGCGAUGUCGAUGAAGCAAGUGCACAUGUUGAUGAAACUCCUGAAACCGCACAGGUUGAUGAUACUCCUGAAACUGAUGCUGAACCCACUACAGAAACAGAUAUUACCAAGGCUGAUGCGGUGCCUUUGAACCUGGAAUACCCUCAGCCACGCGAGGUGUUGAUCAACGAUUUCGACUCUCAGGUGGGACGACAGCAGGACGUGGGUGAGGUCAUUGACAAUGUGGUCUUCUGGUUCCAGUGUGCAUUGAAGCCAGACACGCUCGACGCGGACGGAUACCAGUGCGACCUCAUCACAAAGUUGUUCGACGGGCGCUACCGAAAAGUCACCGACAAGACCCCCGCCUGCGACAAACGGCAGUACUUGACGGUAAACGUGGUGGGGUACCAGCCGCGCGACAUCUAUGACGCGUUGCAGAACUUGAUGGACGAAGAGGCGUGGGUGGUGGAGGAAUUGCCAGAGGUGCUCCAGAUCCAGGUUGCACGCGUCUACUACGACAACGGAGUGCAGAAAUCGUCGGCCCAGUUGCCCUUCUACGAGCAGAUCUACAUGGAUCGGUACUUGGAGUCGGGUGAUGACACAAUGGUGGCGAAAAAGGGCAAACACCUGGAGUGGAAGAAGGACCUAGAGGUGUUGAAGACACGGCAGGCGGUGCUCAAGGGGCACGAUGACAACGGGUUAACCCCACGCGAGUCACUCGUGCAUGUGAUGGAAUGGAUUUCCAAGUGUGAAGAGUCGAUAUCGCCCGAAACGCUCGCGGUGUUGCAGCGCAAGAUAGACAAUUUGGAGAUUGAGCUGACCCGCAUCGACCAGGAUAUCCAGAAGCUUCAGAUUGACAUGGACGGUCAGUUCAGGGAGUACACCAAGUGCGGGUACACGCUCUUUGCCAUCUUUAUUCACCGCGGGGGCGCCUCCUACGGUCACUACUGGAUCUACAUCCGCGACCUCAAGAGCGGCAUCUACCGCAAAUACAGCGACGACCGUGUGGAGGAAGUGUCGGAGGCUGAAGUUUUGGAUUUUUCCGUCAACAACACCGCCACUGCAAACUGCAUUGUGUACGUGCGCGACGACUUGAGUGCGGAGUACAUCGAUCCGAUCAAGCGGAAGACGGACAAUGCGGCUGAUUUAUAG